AUGCUGCAAGUUAUUGUCGUUGGCUUCUUUGUGCAAAAAGUGAGCUCGUUGUUACCCGUUUCUUUGCUGGAGAAUUAUGAUAAAAGAGUGGCUCCGUACGAUCUACAAAAUGAAACCCUUGUCGUGAACAUCUCCUUACCAUUGUUCAAUUUGAUGCUCGUUCAUGGACAAGAACAAUUGGCCACGCUGAUUUUUGAAACAAGAUUGGAAUGGUACGAUGACCGCCUCAAAUACAAUCCCGCCGAUUUCAACGAUCGCCAUGAGCUCUACCUGCCAAAGGAUGAAAUUUGGAUUGCUCACUACAGCCUUCUUUAUGCUGUCGAAUCAAAACUUCUGACGAAUAAAAGAGGUGACACGGCUCUUGUCGCACCAAAUGGACGAGUGGUGAUAAGAGAGAUGUACUAUGCAAAAGUUGGAUGUUAUGCCCGGAUUCAGAGAUUCCCAUUUGACACUCAAUAUUGUGCCGUAGUGUUGGGCGAUACGAUCACUAACACCUCCACUGUUGUCUUUUCCGGAAAGCUCUUCCCAAAAGCUGAAGUCUAUGGCAAUGGCGAGUUCUACAUGCAAAAUUUCAGCGUUCUUUCAGUGAAACCCGGGCAGAAGAACUUGCCGAGCAAAAUUUUCUUCUAUGCGACGUUUGAGCGAGACUCCUUCUAUUUCGUUUUCGUAAUCGUCAUCCCGGCCAUACUCAUCACGAGUUUCACAAUAGCUGGAGCUUUACUACCGGCACCGGGAGAGCAAGCAGCGGAUCCGAUCAACAUCGGUUUGGCCUCUCUAUUAGCCCUCUCAAUCACGAUGACAAUAAUUGCCAAUGAUAUCCCGAAAACAUCAGUCGUUCCACUAAUUGGUUGGUUUGUUCUGGUCUGUUUGGGGAUUUGUACAUUCUCUGUCCUUUCUGGUCUAAUAUUGGACCGUAUUCGAAUGAAAAUAUCAUUUUUCAUUUCACUUGUCGAAAGGAUUCGACUUUUUGAGUUAAAACAGUUAAACCUAAUGUUUUUGCUAAUUAUCACCUUGUGUAAUGUUUAUCGCGUAUCAGCAUUGUUGCCCACAUCCUUAUUAGAAGGAUACGAUAAACGACUGGCUCCUUAUGACAUCAAUGAGAAUCACUUACUUGUUGUGAAUAUCUCAAUGCCGAUGAUGCUUUUGAUGACAGUUCAUGGACAAGAACAAAUGGUCACAUUGCUAUUCGAUUUCCGUCUGGAUUGGAUCGACGAGCGUCUACGCUUUAACUCAUCAAAUUUCGACAACCGAACCGAACUAUAUUUGCCGGCGAGUGAAAUUUGGACUGUUCCGUAUAAUCUUUUGAAUGGAGUUGAAUCAAAACUUCUGGCAAACAAGCGGGGUGAUAUCAUUCGAGUGAGACAGAAUGGACAUGUCGUUCUUCGAGAAACCUAUUACUCAAAGGUUCAAUGUGGAACACGAGUUGAUCGAUUUCCAUUUGACAUUCAAUUUUGUGGGAUUAUCAUUGCUAAUCUGGCCACCAACCGCAGCACAUUACAAUUCGUCGGUCAAUUGUAUCCGGGCGCGGACAUGGGGGGUAACGAGGAAUUUUGGAUGACGAACUUCAGCGCUCUAUCAGUGAAGCCAAGUAAAAUUGAAAAUGAAAAUCAUGUUUAUUUUUGGAUAACAUUCGAGCGAGACAGCUUUUAUUUCAUUUUUGUCAUCGUUAUCCCGGCAAUUUUGAUCACAACACUCACGAUCACCGGGGUUUUGCUGCCGGCUCCCGGAGAGGUCACAGCUGAUCCGGUCAACAUCGGUCUCUGCUCUUUACUCGCCCUUUCAAUCACUCUCACCGUUGUGGCUGAUAACAUCCCAAGAACAGCUACAGUUCCAUUGAUUGGCUGGUUUGUGCUCGUUUGCUUAUUUCUUGUAUGUUUCUCUGUAAUCGCUGGUCUGAUCUUCGAUCAACUUCGAGCUAGAGCCAAAAAUGAGGAGCUUUUACCCGGUGUAUUCGAUUCAAUGAUUCGAAUGUAUCAGGUGAAAUUGCACCGCGAGAAAAGUCCGAUUUCACCAAGGAGGGUCAUUUCAGUAUUCUCAUUCCUUCUAUUCUUGUUGUUACAAAUUUUGCUUUUAUGCAAUUUGAUGGUUUUUCUCUCAUUUUCGUGGAAUCGCGACACUUACUCGAAAAUCGAUGAAAUGGAUAACACCGAUAUGUACAAUAUGGUCUUUUCGACUGAACAUGAUCUUGGAUAUUUU